AACAAAACUUGCUGCAAAAAUCCAAAGCAGUAGCAACAGUCUACUGUGUUUCUCAUUCAUCCCAUUCCUUCUUUCUCUGCCCACUGUUUUUGCUUUAACCACUCUCUACUUAAUAACACCUGCUCCUCCUCUCACUCACCCCAUUACCAAAAUUAUGACUUUUCUCUCUUUCUCUUCAUGGAUUCCUGUGACCCCCAUUUUCUGAGAUCUCUCCUAGUCUUCCAGAACACCAUCAACCAAGAGUUGAUUAGGAGCUUGCAUGUGUAUGGAUUAGAGGAUGCGAAGCAAAAUGAGGUUGAGAGGGAGUUUAUGUUCUCAGAAAACGGCUCAUAUGUGGAGCUUAAGGCUUACCCGGUUCUUGGAUUGAUGAGAUUUCGGGUUCCAGAAGUGGUUCAAGGCUAUAUUAAUGGUUGCUGGGUCUGCAUUUUAGCUUUUUAUGCCAAUCGUUCUCCUAACUUGACAUGCAUUCCUUGUGUACUCUCUGUUUCCAGAAAUCCUCAAUUAAAUUUGAUUCCAAACUUGGCUAAUGAUCUUCAAAUGGUUGGCGAGAUGACCUACAUAAAAGAUGAGAAAGAACCAUUGCAGACGUCAGAUGAUACAAGCCAAGUGAAUGAUGAAAAUCACCGUCAACUAAGAAGUUUGCCUAUGCUUGAUCUGGAUCUCAAUCGUCCUCCUUGUCCUGCCACAGUGUCUGUAUCAUCUGAUGAUCAAGAAAGUGAAAGACAAUCACCAGGUUUUAUAGAGAAGAAGAAUAGAAGGGCAGCAAGUGACCGCAUAGCAAAGAUCACUUUACCAGAUCUGGUGAAGUAUUUUGAUAUCCCUAUUGUGGAAGCUUCAAGAAGUCUGAAUGUUGGACUUACAGUGCUGAAAAAGAAAUGUAGAGAGUUUGGUAUUCCUCGUUGGCCACAUAGGAAGAUAAAAUCGCUCGACAGCCUCAUCCGUGAUCUUCAGGAAGAGACGGAAUUCCAACAGAAGGAGAACAAGGAUGCAGCCUUAGCAGUUGCAAAGAGGCAACGGAUGUUGGAGAGUGAAAGGGAAAGCAUAGAGAGGAAACCCUUCUUGGAUAUGAAGAUUGAGACCAAGAGGUUCAGGCAAGAUGUUUUCAAGAGAAGGCAUAGAGCCAGAGUUCUAAGAAACCAGGGCCUAUCACUCUCUGGCAAUUAAAUUAAAGUACCUAUCUAUAUAUUAGGAGAACUCGAACUAGGAGGUUGAGGUGAUAUGUCUUCCAAUUGUAGAAACAUCAACUUGUAAAACAGUUGCAUAAUUUUGUCCUCAAAACUCUUGUUUGGUUCGAGAUAUAAAAUUUUGGGCAAAGUGCAGAACCAACAAAUGGUAUCGGUAGUUUGGUGUAAGCCUGUAAGGUCGCAUCACAGUUUGAUGACUUAUUUCAGUCUUUAUUUUAUCUCAG